AGACGAGAAGGUAGCCUCCACCGGUGAUUCCAUUAUCCUGUCCAGCCUUCAGCACCAGCAGGAAACAGCGACUCCACACUCCAGCAGCAGCGACUCCAGUCCAGCUUCCAGCAACCAGUUAGGAUCGACUCCAGUGACCAUCGAUAGCACCAAUAGCUAGAGAUUGUGGACAGAACAGUGACAAGCAAGCUCGAGUCCUCCACCAGUCCACGAAGCUCCAUCGAGUCCUCCAUCCAUUAGAUCAAAGCUCCACCGAGUGACCAUCGAGUCCUCCACAGUCCACAGAGUGACCAUCAUCGACUCGCAUCAAGCAGCAGGAGAAUUGUAAUCUCUAUCUUUUCUGCUAGUAAUUGGUGCUCCAAUGGCAUCAUCUACAAUAAGCUCUGGUGCCCUGGUUUCUCUGGAAGAACUAAGCUCCUCUUCUCCACACUUCAAGCAAGGUGCUUCGCUUAGAGUGACAGGAAAGCUGCAAGAGUACACUGUUGAGACUGCAAUUGCAGUAAUUGUUGAUGGAAAUGUCAGAUUAAAGAUUGACACCCAGCACAUGAAGCUCAAUUUUCGAGUUGGGUCUACUUAUCAGUUCAUUGGAGAACUCCUUUUCGAACCCAGUGAUGAGGCAAUCUUGAAGGCACGAGUGGGUAGGAAUGUAGAUGGCAUUGAUCUUAAUCUCUACAAACAAUCUCUGCAGCUCUUGAGAGUGUUUCAAGCUGAGCAAAUCAAUGGUCGGACAACUUAGAGCAAUGUUUACUGGCAAAGCUCAUGACAUCUUAACUGAGAAAAGGUCGUCGUAGUUGCUGACAUACCAUUUUCAUAGAGAGUAUUUUUGGGAAAUCGUUUUCACGGGGAGUUUGAUUGAGCGAGUAAUCUGUUCCUAAAGCAGAGCUACCUUUGAAUAGAGUGGGACUUAGGUUCCAUCCAACUAUUUUUUUGACAGUUUGCUAUCUGCAUCUGCCUUUUUUUUCUGAGUGUGCUGUAAAAAUUCCUCUAGUGAUGUCCAGUUUUUUUCCAAUGCCACCGAGUUGGUGCAACACGUUCAACA